AUGCCGUUUCCAUUUUCUUUUGUGAGAUUCGCUUCAACAACCCGCGUACGAUUCGCUCCCUCACCUACGGGCUUCAUGCACUUGGGUGGGUUGAGAAUGGCACUGAUUAAUUAUCUAAUUGCCAAAAAGGAAAAUGGAAAGUUUAUUCUUCGCAUUGAAGAUACGGAUCGCUCUCGAUUGGUGAAGGGUUCUGCCGACAACAUAAUUCGAACUCUUUGUGAUUUUGGCUUGACUCCUGACGAGGGUCCGGAGCAAGGUGGUCCAUUUGGACCGUAUGUUCAGUCUUCUCGACUCGAUAUUUACAAAAAGUAUGCCGAAUCCCUUGUAUCUAAUGGUUCAGCCUAUUACUGUUUCUGUUCUCCGCAUUCUCGCAAAACCAAUUCUCCGCAUUCUUCUUCUUCUUCUUCUUCUUGUCCAUGCCUCCAUCUCUCCGCCUCCGAAAUCAGCCAACGCCUCCAUCACAACGAUCCCCACGUCAUUCGUCUUCGCAUGUCCCCCACUCGCUUCUCCUUCCACGACCUUCUCCGCGGGGAUCUCUCCAUUCCCGGCGACCACCUCGAAGACGCCGUCCUCCUCAAAAGCGACGGCUACCCGACCUAUCACUUGGCCUCCGUCGUGGACGAUCAUUUCAUGCAGAUUUCGCUGGUUAUCCGCGGGGAAGAGUGGAUCAGCUCCGUCCCGAAACACUUGCAGCUUUACUCGGCGUUCGGCUGGAACCCGCCCGACUUCAUUCAUCUCCCGCUCUUGCUCUCCGAGCAGAAAUCCAAGAUUUCGAAACGCCAAGGCGGAUUUGAUGCACAGGCGAUGCUGAAGGAGGGAGUUUUGCCGAGCGCGCUGCUGAAUUACAUCUAUUAUCUGGGGUUGAAACGUGGAAACGACGAAACCCAGCAGGCGAACGGGGUGUUUUACGACUUGAAUGAGAUGAUUCGCGAUGUAUCGCUUCCGCUCUCUCGCUUUUUCUCGUAG